UUUUUUUCUUCACUGUGCCGCUUGUGGGUUGUGGCUCCGAUAUACUCACUCUCCAUUAUGGUUAGUUCCCCCACAGAUUUGCUUUUUCUACGACACCCAAAAGCAGAAAAUUGUCACUUGUUCCUCAGCCGCAGACUAAGUCUUACCAUCUCCCACUUUCUCUGACUUGUAUUUAUUUCUGUGCUGUGUUCGGAGCGUGCGGCUAAAGAUCGACCUCGUUAACCGAACGUUUUUCAAAAGCAAUUGCGUAAAUUUCCCACCAUCGCGAGACAAUUAUAUACACCUCGACAUAAUGGAGAAAGACGUGGAAGAGUUUACGGUUUCCAUUUCAUCUCAUCGCCGACACGAAAGUGAAACGAACGUCAAUCCGAGCGGCAGCUCUCGUCGGAUUGAUCAAGCGGUCCUUGUCCGGAACGCCAAUAAAUCUUACGGAGUUGGGAAAAACCGCUGCGCUAUUCUCGAAGGAUUGGACAUGACAGUUAAAAGAGGAAGCAUAUAUGGAUUACUGGGUGCCAGUGGAUGCGGUAAAACCACUCUUUUAAGUUGUAUUGUCGGCCGUCGCAGUUUAAACAGCGGUGAGAUACUGGUCCUUGGCAACGAGCCGGGCACUCCGGAGAGCGGCGUCCCGGGUCCCCGAAUUGGUUACAUGCCGCAAGAGUUGGCGCUGUACGGCGACUUUACAAUCAAAGAAACGCUCCAGUACUUUGGCCGCAUCUACAAUCUGCGAACGGCAUUUGUCGACUCCCAGUUGGAAUUCUUGUCCAGUUUUUUAGACCUGCCUCCGAGCGAUCGUUACGUCAAGACGCUGAGCGGCGGACAACAGCGGCGCGUCUCGUUCGCCGUCGCCUUGUUCCACGAGCCCGAAUUGCUCAUCUUGGAUGAACCAACCGUUGGCGUUGAUCCUCUACUACGGCGCAGUAUUUGGGAUCAUCUUAUUCGCCAGAGUGUCGAUCAUGGAAGAACCGUCAUAGUGACUACCCACUACAUUGAGGAAGCCAGACAGGCAACCACGAUUGGAAUGAUGCGCUCCGGUCGUUUGCUUGCAGAAGAGUCGCCCAACAAUCUGAUGAGAAAUUUCAGACGUCCAUCUUUAGAGGAUGCCUUUUUGAAACUCUGCAUGGACGAACAGCAGACCGAGUCGAUGGUAAACGCUUCCAUUUCAAAUGCGACGAUCCAGAACACGGAAGAGGCCCAACAACAACAACCUCAGGGAGAUAGUGUGGACUAUGCGGAGGGCGUCGUAAACCAAACGGAUGUUACUGAAACGAGCGUACAUCGUCAACGUCACAGUAAUAGCCGUGGGUCGAUUGAUUCAACGACCAGCAGUUCCUCCAAUGCGACGUUUAAUCUUGACAUCAGCGACAGCACAGGCGCAAAAAUACGUAAGCGCAAAAAUCACAGUUUGAAAUUGUCGUUGCCGUCAAUUCAUCGCCUCGGGGCCCUCAUCCGCAAAAAUUACUUGAUGACAUUUCGCAACCUUGGGAUAUUCGUGUUCAUCUAUUUGAUGCCAGCCUUCCAAGCUACUGUCUUCAAUGUUACUCUCGGACACGAACCGAAAGGCCUUAAAAUUGGCGUCGUUAACGACGAGCUGGAUCCGAGCCAAGGCCGCACCUGCAAUUACACGACGGAUUGUUCCUAUUCGAUGCUCAGCUGUCGCUACCUUCGCUACGUUAAAGACAACAUCAUUCAGAUCCCAUACGACAACAUAUCGGACGCUUUGGUAGCAGGCAAAAAAGGCCACGUCUGGGGUGUGAUCCAUUUCGGACAUAAUUUCACCGAGGAGUUUGAGGUGCGCCAAUCUGAAGGAGACUCGGCCAAUUUAAACAAUAUUAUACGCAGUCGAAUCAGCAUCAACAUGGAUUCCUCCAACCAACAGAUUGAUGUUUUUAUUCAAAAGUGGCUUUUGGAAGCUUUCGGUGACUUCUUCAAAGAUUUUAUGAGAGCUUGCCAACACGAGCCAGAAGCGGGUUACAUCCCUGUCGAGUUUCUUGAUCCAGUUUACGGCAAGAAAGAUACUCCGUUUACUGAAUUCAUGGCCCCCGGUCUUAUUAUCUCGAUCGUGUACUUUAUGGCCGUCUCUUUGACUGCUGGCGUUUUCGUCUCUGAAAGAAAACAAGGACUCCUCGAUCGUUGCUUAGUGGCUGGUGUAACGAUGACCGAAAUUUUGAUUGGGCAAUUGAUCAACCAAUUUUCUAUUUUGAUUGGUCAAACCACUUUGGUUUUCUUGUGCAUGUUAUUGGCCUUCAACAUUCCCUGCCAUGGCAACCUGGCGCUAGCUGUAUUCAUCACCUUUCUUCAAGGCUUUGUUGGAAUGUGUUUCGGUCUGCUAAUAGCCACCUUCUGCGAUAAUGAAAACAGCGCCCUGUUGCUGUCUCAGGCCAGUUUUCUGCCGUUCACGGUUAUCAGCGGUGUGUGUUGGCCGAUUGAAGGCAUGCCGCCUUACCUUCGGAAAAUUGCUUAUUCAAUGCCACUGACGUACGCCAUCGAGGCUUUGAGGUGCGUUUUCGCACGAGGGUGGGGCAUAGAACGACCCGACGUCUACCUGGGAAUUAUUAUCAGCUUAGCUUGGAUUUUGGCUUUGUUAAUUCUGUGCCUGAUUGUUUUGCGCAUCCGCAAGUAUGCGCGAUAAAUUUGACGUACCUGAUUUUUUUUUUUAAGUUAUCGUUCCUCAUCAAACAGCUUAAUUUCUACAUUUGAGUUUAAUAUGAGCUUUUUCUUACGUGGAAAUAUUUAUGGCUGGGUAUUGAGUUGUAGAUCCAUGUGUAGAAUUUUUGAACAUUAUAUAGGGUAAUGGAUUUUACGUUUUAACUUUUAUGAUGACUCGAGUAUUAUUGGCAUUUUAUUCUUGUUAUUUGUAAAAAUUUUAUGGUAUUUUAUUUAUUUAUUUUUACGCAUUGGAGCUCGUAAGUUGUCGCAAUUUGAUUUAGCCAAUUGAGUUCGCAUAAUAUUCGUAUUCUCGUUAAUCAGACCGCCGGUUGUCCUGUGUUUGCGUGUGUUUGCAUUAAACCUUUCCAAGACACACGUAAUUUUGUCCCUUGUAUUCGCAUAAUAAUACAAUUAAACGAUUUCAUAAA